CUAAUCUACCCAAUAGAAUAUGAAAUUGGAAAUCAGGAAUGGAAAGCAAUGCUAAAAAAUGUUGGUUGUUUUGAUAUUACCCCAUAUAAAAAAGAUCAGUCAAAAUUCGAGUUUUGGUCUCGGUCUAUUACUCUGGAUAGUAAUAGAAGUUCUUUGUCUAUAUUAUACAAUCUUGGAUUUGUUAUAUCAGUUCCCUUAUACUUCUCUAUGAAUGCUUUUUGGAAUUCUUUUCACAAUUCUUUGGAAAUUAAUAAAUGCGGCAUAAAUGGGCGUCGACAGGUUUCGAAUGAUUUAAUUCGUGCUGCACGAAAGCAUGUACGCAUUUAUGGGCCUGGAGGAUUAGUUACUAACAAACCUGAAUUAGACAUGGAAAAAUGCUUUGAUGUAACAGUAGGACAGAAUAUUGAGAAUGCGAUCAAAGGAAUUAAAGGGACUUCUGUUGCAAAUCUGAAUCCUAUUCGGGACAGAGGUAGUGCACAGGAUAUUCCUGGUAUAGGUAAAUGGAAAAUUUUUACUAUAGCAGAAUUAGAUAAAUUUCGCAAAAAAGACAUUUAUAAGCCCACACUACAAGUAUCGACACAUACUACACCUUCAUCAGAAUGGGAAAUGCUAAUACCGAAUUCAUCACGUCUUAUUCUGAGUCGUUUUACAAGAGAAAGUCUAGUGAAAGAAUUAGAAAAACGAAACUUUAG